CAGCCGCCGUUUAUGAAAUCUGUAUUUCUUUCCCCAUAUCUUUAAGCCGCAUUCGAAAGCCAACCUGACUUCAAUUCUUGUUGGGUACUAGAGUCAUAAUUUCAGGAUUGCAAUUUGGUAACGUCUCGUAAUAUUUGUGUGAUCAUGAGUCACUACAAUCACCAACAAGCUCCAGUGGUAUAUCCUCCACCUCCUCCAGCAGCGCCAGGGCAAGUGUAUCCUCCUCCGCCUCAAUCCUAUCCCCCUCCAGUCCAAGGUCCAUAUGUUGCUCCACCGCCAGUUGCUUACCCCAUGAAAAAUGGAGUAGAAGUACAGCAACACCCACCAGAAACUAGGCAGAGGGGUGACGGGUUCUGGAAAGGAUGUUGUGCUGCCUUGUGUUGCUGCUGCCUCCUAGAUUGGUGCUUUUGAGGACUCUCUCUCUCUGUGUCUGCCCUUGCCUUUCUCUUCUUCUUGAUUUUCCUUUCUAUAUAUAGAAUUUGCCAUCAGUUCAUGCAGCAGGAAAUAGGUAGAAUUAGAGGCGUAUUGGCAUUUUAUGUACUCCGUGCUCUCGCCGCACAAUAAUACCAUCUGGUUAUUUGAAAUUUCCAUGUGAAUUAGAAUAAGACGUUUAAAGCAA